GAUGACAGCAGUUGUUUCCGGGAAAAGUAGACGCUUUUGUUUCGUGUAAAUUUUGGGGUUUCGCAGCAUUUGUUGCAAGAUUUUCCUCAAUUUUCCUUAAUUUAGACUUCACGAAAUAAUCAGUUGCUAAUUAGCGGAUUAAAGGUUCUCUUGCUGCUGCAGGAAAUGAGCAUUAUUUCACCAGUUAUUUCACCGUCUGUGGAGCUAAGCUCCUAUCGAGAUCAGCACUUUAAGAGAGUUUAGUGUACUCACAACUGCACCAACUGACAAUCUGAUUAUUUGGUGAUAAUCAAUAGAAGAAAGACGUCUGUAGCUAAAAAUGAGCAUUUUUUCGCCCGUUGUUUCCCCAUCUGUGGAGCUAAGCUCCUACAAAGACCAACACUUUAAGGGAUCCCGUGCGGAGCAAGAUAGGCUCUUGAGAAAUUCCACGACAUUAUAUGUCGGAAAUCUUUCGUUCUACACGACCGAAGAACAAAUUUAUGAACUUUUCUCAAAAUGCGGGGACAUCAGGCGCAUUAUCAUGGGUCUCGAUAAAUACAAGAAGACGCCCUGCGGCUUUUGUUUUCUCGAGUACUAUUUGAGAAGUGAUGCUGAAAACUGCAUGCGAUACGUUAAUGGAACUCGUCUCGACGACCGAAUUAUCAGAACUGAUUGGGACGCAGGAUUCAUCGAAGGCAGACAAUACGGUCGCGGAAAAACUGGUGGCCAAGUAAGAGAUGAAUACCGAUCCGAUUUUGACGGCGGUCGAGGUGGAUAUGGAAAAAUAAUUCAACAAAAAGUGACUCCUCUUGCUGACACGUUUGUUCGGUAAACCUCAAACGACCGACUAAUAAUUAGUUUAACCUAAAAUUUAUUGCGAAAAUGUGUUUCAAUUUCUUGAAAUUGUUAAUAUAAAUUGAAUUUUUGAGUGUAUUUACCAGUCAAUUAAACGAAUUGAGUUUCGUUUGCUUAUCCGGGUAUUGAUAUUGCCGAAGAAAAAUGUUUAAGAAUUGUCUUGAAGAAUAGUUUUACAUAUUUUGAAACGAUUUUCUUUCAUAGUAAAUUGUUAUCAAUUCCGGACUAAAUAUCGAAUUUAAGGGAUGUAUGUGUGUAUAUAUUAAUACUCUGAAAUAUAGAAAUGAACUUUAU